ACUCAUACAUACACCGCAUGUCGUCUCUCUCUAUUUUAAUUUCAUCUCAGCGUCAUCAUCUCUCUCCCUCUUUCUUGCUCACUUUCUCCAUCCUCGCAAUCGUGCUCGGAGCCUGUGUUUGAUGCCGCCAAAGGGGGGGAAUCACUGUUAGGAGGAACCCUACCUCAGACCAGCCGCCUCAAGGAUUUAAACCCUAGAUCCAUCAGAUUAACACAUAAAUUCAUUUGAUUUUAUUCAUCUUCGAGCUGCCCAAGGAUCGAAAAAUGGCGACUUCUGCGCCCCAAUCCCAAUCCCAGUCUCAGCCUCCCUCCGCUGAGGAAGAACUGCUCAAGCGGAACACCGAUUGUGUUUACUUUCUUGCUUCGCCUUUAACUUGCAAAAAGGGAAGCGAAUGUGAGUAUCGCCAUAGUGAUGUUGCACGGGUAAAUCCAAGGGACUGUUGGUACUGGUUGAAUGGUAACUGCUUGAAUCCGAAAUGUGCAUUCCGUCAUCCGCCUCUUGAAGGAUAUCUGGGAACCCAAGGCCCAACAUCUACUGGACCCUCUGCACCUGUGCUUCAGGCUGUUCCAGGUCCAUCACAUGUCCCAACUGCCUUCGCCAAGCCAGCUGCGCCAUGCGUAUUUUUUCAAAAAGGGCACUGUUUAAAAGGUGAUUGGUGUCCUUUUCUUCAUGCGCCAAGUGCCUCAAAUACCAAAUCCAUGCCUGUUCCAGCAACUGGAUCUGCUGUUGAACCUGCGAAUAUAAGUAACCCUUCCAGUGGAGUUGACAAGACUUUGCAACAGAAGGUUACACCUAUAAAUGUAGCUAAAUCACUCAAUGAUACUACACGGACAAAACCACUGGCUGCAGUGGAAUCUACUGCUCCUAGAUAUGAAUAUGCUGUAAGCAGGAAGGCUCCACAAACAUCAGUCAGUAAUGUAUUCUCCGGGUACAGGACCUCUACUCCUGUAUCUAACGGGCACCCCAUCAGCUGGUCCAAUCGUACUCAGCAAUCUCACCUGUUGGAUGAACCUGAAAGCAUGAACAAUAAUGAUGCAGAGGAAGUUUCAAGGGAGCCGUCUCCUGGAUUUGAUGUUCUUGUAGAUGAUGAUGGAAGAGAUUCUGAGUACUAUCCAGGUGAAGAUCGAUACGGGAUGUCGAGAGAACAUGAACCUGGAAGUGAAUAUGAAAUUGGCCGCUCUGCUGAUUACAGCUUGAUUGCUGCUGUUGAUGAUGAAAAUUCUCGGGGUCGUCAUGGUUACGACUCACUGGAACACCGUAAGGGACAGUAUGCUUGGGAGCAGCACAGAACUUCUGAGAGGAUGUCUGGAGGGUCUUAUCAUGAAAGGAGGCCAUAUGGUCGGCAAGAGAGUCAUGGUCAAGUUGAUGAACAUGAUCUCAGGCACCGUUUAGCAAAGCAUAAGAGGCCUAAUGGUUUAAGAUCUGUCAUUAGUCAUGAACAUGACCGUGAUGUGCAUGUAAGAGAUAGAACAUACAGGAGUUCACAUAGGGAUGAGCAACAUAAUACCUUGCGGGAGAAUUCUCUUGGCGGUCGCCUUCGAGGGAGAAUACGACUUCCUGAAAGAUCGCCUUCUCCAAACAAUAGGGAUAUGAUUAGGACUACUGAUCGUAUUGCAUCACAAUCAGGAAGGAUCCGUGACAGAAUAAAAGGAAGGCCUGAAGAAGCUUCUAAUGAUGGUGCAAAGAAUUAUCGAGGUCCAGACUCAAGAAGAGACUUUGUAGGUGAGAAUAAUGGGGAUUUUGCUAAACCAAAAAGCCUAGCAGAAUUGAAGAACCAGAAAAAUGCUGAUUCUAGUAGGCAGCAUGUGACUGAUCAACAAGCACUUGGCAAGAGAAAAAGUGAGAUGAAUGAUUGGCAUCAACAGAGUGAAAAUGAUCUUUCAUUUGAAGGACCUAAGCCACUACAAGAGAUUCUAAAACGGAAGAGACGUGAAACUAGUGGAACUGCCGUGGGUAGGAAUUCAUCGGGCAUUGAAAGUGUCAUAGGAGAUAAAAAUCAGGAAGAAAAAGAGGGUGCAACUGAUGGGCACAUUACUCCGAUUGGAAAUCACAAGGAGGUUGAUAAGCCUAUUUCAGUUCACACGAUGGAAGCAGGAGAGGGUAAGCUAGCCAGCUCUAGUUCUGACCAGCAAUCUGUUCCUAGCAAGCCAGAAGCUGAAGAUGGAGAACUUGGUGAUGAUGGAGUGGGUCUGGAAUCUGAACCCUAUGAGCAGAGAGACAAGGAGUUCGAUUAUGAGCAAAUGGGUGAGGAGGAAUAUGUAAUGUAUGAUGAUGGCGAAAAUGGAGAUGCUGUAGAGGAAUACGUUGAUGAGGAGGAAGAAGAUGAUGAUGAAUUUGCCAAGAAGAUGGGUGUUAUGUACUCAUAAAAUUCGAAGCCGUCGCUUGAUGCACGAUUAUUGUCUUGAGAAAUGGCAAGUUUAUACUAGACUGUCCUAAUUUUGAUUUCAGAAGUAGAGAUGAUAAGUAGUGCCUGCCGAAUGUACCAUUAGAAGCUUCCCUUUUUCUUGUUGAGUAGUAUUAAAACUCUUGGACUGGCUAGAUCAUUGUUUCUUCUUUUCCUUUUUUGUAGUUCCUCUAUUUGCAGUUAUACUGCUCAGAGUUGGAUUAAGAUUGUAACUUCAGAAGAUGAACAAUAAUUGUUGGCAUGAUGCCUUUUGUGUCAA